AUGGGGAAUUACGAUUGCCAAGCGGCAUUCGACAAGAUAAAAAAGUACUUGCAAGAACCACCAAUCCUCAUACCACUGGUUCCUAGUAGAUCACUUAUUAUGUACCUCACGGUACUCGAUGAAUCCAUGGGCUGCAUUCUGGGUCAAUACGAUGACACAAGUAAGAUAGAACAUACAAUAUACUAUCUCAGCAAGAAAUUCACUGAAUAUAUGAUAAAGUAUAUAUUCGAAAAACCUGCUGUUACUGGUAGAAUUGCUCGGUGGCAAAUGUUGUUAACCGAAUAUGAUAUCCAGUAUGUGACUCAGAAAGUUGGGGUUAGAUUGAGGUUAGGUGGAAAUGAUUUUAGUGACAUGCUGAACUUGUUGCAGGUUGGACUUAAGUUUGGUCAUGUGCAUUACUGUUGCAGGUCCUUGGAGCUUGAAUAUGCUGCAAGUCAGGAUUCUGGGCAAGGUAAUGUGUUGCAUGAUAUUAAAUGGACUACUGCAGCAACAAGGCUAGCAUUGAUUCUCCAUUGGUUAAAUCGUGCAUUUCCAUGGAUUGGAAAAGGGGAGGGAAAAUUUUGGGGUACAACAUCAGGCUCCGAGAUAAACCCCGAGGAAGGCCCCGAACCAGGAUCGCAAUGGACCCUCGUGUUCGACGGUGCUUCCAAUUCUCGUGGUCAUGGCAUAAGUGCAGUCAUCACUUAUGCAACUGGUUUCCACCUUCCUUUCACCACCAGAUUAUGCUUUGACUGCACCAACAAUAUGGAAAAAUAUGAAGCAUGUACAUAUCGUUUGGAGGUGGCCAUCGACUUAAGGAUCCAGAUUCUUGAGGUAUACAGAGAUUCAGCUCUAGUAAUAAGUCAGGUAAAAGUCAAAUGGAAGAAUGAAGCACCAACUAUCCAUAUUGACCACAUAGAUGAACCAACACAUUGUCUAGAAAUCGAGGCAGCUCCUGAUGAUAAGCCCAGGUUCUACGAUAUAAAGACAUUUCUGGAGAAACAACAAUAUCCCGGGGGUAUAUCUAUUACUGAUAAGAAGGCUCUAAGAAGACUCUCUUCCAAGUUUUUCCUAAACGGUGAUGUGUUAUACAAGCGAACUUAUGAUUUUGUACUGCUCAGAUGCGUGGAUAGACACGAAGCUAGUACAAUCAUAAAAUCCAUACAUGAAGGCUGCAAGGGUGUACAUGCAAAAGGUCCCGCUAUUGUCAAGAAGAUCCUUCGAAGUUGGGUAUUACUGGAAGACAAUGGAUGUUGA